GCCCGCAGGGCAUUUUUAACUUGUAUCUUUCCAUCAGGCGCACCGUGGGCAGCUCAGCGAGCGGGAGGAGCAGCGAGGGCCGCUGUGAGGCUGACGUGUCGGCGGGCGGCGGUGGCAGCGGCAGCAUGUCGAAAGUCACCUUUAAAGUGACGCUCACCUCCGACCCGCGGCUGCCCUACAAAGUGCUAAGUGUGCCCGAAAGUACACCUUUCACAGCCGUCUUGAAGUUUGCUGCUGAGGAAUUCAAAGUUCCUGCAGCAACCAGUGCCAUUAUAACAAAUGAUGGAAUAGGAAUAAACCCUGCACAGACAGCAGGAAAUGUAUUUCUAAAGCACGGUUCAGAACUACGGAUUAUUCCCAGAGAUAGAGUUGGAAGCUCCUAAUGUCUGCUGAAAUCAACUGGAAUAAGUGACAUUGUCAUGUAGCUGAAGUCUAUUUAUUUUUGAACUCUGCAUUGCGACUAAAGAAUUGGCUUUUUUAAAGCUACCAAACAUGACUUGCCAAGAUCCAGUCUUUUCGUGACACACAGAUAAGGUCUCAUUUUCUUGUUAAAACACAAAUAAUCAUGCACUGGUUAUUUCUUUACUGGCAUUUUCCAAUGGCCUGAUCCCACUGAAAAAGAAGGUGGAUGUCUCUAAAGAUGUGUAUUACUGAAACUGCAGCAGAAAGCACUCAACCACAAUAAGUAAUUAUAUAAAAUAUUAUAUAUUGUCAAACUUAGUUUUGGAAGGGGGAACUUUACGAUCUUGUUAAAGAGAAAUUGUUCUACCGAGUGUUGGAAGGUUUAGCUUUAUUCAUUCUUCUUUUCUUUUGGUAAAAUUCCAUGUUGAAAUGUGAAGUUUUACCAUGAUUCGCAUAUUUAGCCCAAAUAGAAUGGAAAAGUGGUUUAUUACUGAAAUAAGUACCUGACUGCCAAAUGUUCCAAAGUAACUGUAAGAUUUAAUUGCUGAAAACAUUUUAGAUAAAAGAGAUUACAGAGGUUACCUGUAUGUUAACUUCACAAAGCAUUGAAUGUUGAAGUCUUGAAUGUAAAUUCAGAGAAUUUGUAAGACAUAAUCUCAAAAUGGCAGGGAAGGCCUGGCAAAAUUUGGGAAAGUAUAAGUACUGGUCAAAUAUAUCAUUCCUUUUUUUUUAAUAAAUACUGGUUCUUUGUAAAAGUUUUGUUUCUGCAUGUUACAAGGGAACCAUAGUUGAUCAGAAUGUUUGUGUUCAGAUAAUAUGCUUUUUGUUUAUCAGUUGCCUGAGGUCAAUUAUCAGUCAUGUAUUUUAUUCAGAGAAAUCGCUGCUUUUCUUGAACUGGUCGUACUACUUUGUGAUUUGUUUUGCCAAAUCUUACCCUGUUGCAUUUUAUGUGUCUUAUUACUUUUACAGGAAGUAGAGUAAUGGGCAGUGCAGUGCUUGGUUUAAUGUGGGUCAUCACAAAUACAACUCAACUGUGCAAUAAUUUCCCAGAAGGAUGUUCAGAUUUUGUUUCAAAUAGUGGAUGCGGAAUGCCCUAAUGAGUGGGUAUGAAUUCAGUAUAUAGAAGAAAACUUCCUGAAAAUGAUAUUUGACUUAAAAUUUUCCACCUCUAAGAUGGAUUGUAAAAUUCUACGUUCUCCUAAUAAACAAUAUGAAAAAAAUACAAAUGUUCCUUUCUCAUUUUCUCAGUUUAAUUUCGACAAUAAUUAAAAAUGCCGCCCUUUGACCUUAAUUAAGAUACUCUGAGGUUAAAUUAAAGCCAUAAGGUUCUUAUUAUGCAGAAUUCUAUACAGCACUGAUUUUCAGGUAUCAUGUAUAGCUUCUACUAAUCUAAUUAGAAUCGGUUGUAUCAGUGGCUUUUAACUUUCUCUGCAAAUCUGUUGAUGGAAUACCUGAAGAAGAAUGUAACAAAUAGGAAGCUUUCUUUCAUGUCUCAAGGUGCAAUAUAGUUUUCAAAGGGCCUUUUCAAAGGCAUUUUGAAACUAAGGUGCCUUGCUUUUGAAAUAAAGGCUAGGUAAAAUAA